UUUUGUUACAAUAUAAUAAAAACGAGAAUAAAUAAAUUAUUAUCGCAUUCAUUUAAUUUACUUUUUUUUCUGUAUAUAUUCGCGUUCUAGUAAUUCCAAAAACAAAAAAUACACAAUAUUUCAAUAAAAAUGAUAUUAAAAAAAAGAACAAUAAUUAUUUUUUGUCUUUUUUUCGGAAUAAAAUUAAUAACAGCUGAAAAUGAUGAACCUGCCACUACAAAUACAACAACAAUACAAUUAUCAAAAGAUAAUGAAUUAGAUCGUUUAAAACGUGAUUUAUUAGUUAAUUACGAUAAGUAUUCGAAACCGUCUUCAAAACCACUUAUAUCAUUAUGUGUUAAUUAUAUAGCAAUUGAUUUAGAUGAACAUGCUGGAAUAUUUAAAAUAUAUUUAUGGCUUGUAAUAGAAUGGAAAGAUCCUAAACUUGUUUGGAAUCGUAAUGAUUAUAGUAAUAUAUCAUUUUUAAAUUUUGCUGUACAUGAAAUAUGGCAACCGGAAGUUGUUGCAUUUAAUUCUGUUGAUCAAUCAAUGGAAACAUAUCCAGAUACUUUAAUGAUUGCAUAUAAUGAUGGCAGUAUGUUAUGGGUUCCGCCACAUGAAUUUAAAGUUUUUUGUGAUAUGGAUUUUUCAUUAUGGCCAUAUGAUAAACAAAAUUGUUCACUUAAAUUAGGUACAUGGGCAUCAAGAGAUAUAAAAUUUUUUCCAAAAAAACAAGAACGAUGCUUUGAUACAAGUGAAGAAGAUAAAGUUAUUUCUGAAUGGAAAACAAAUAAAAUAGUAGUUCAGAAUGGAACUGAUCCAAUAACAAAUUAUGAUUAUGUUGAAUUUAGUUUUGAGUUACAACGUAGAACCGCUUUACAUAGAAUAUUAAUAAUAACACCAGCAACAUGUAUUAUUUUAAUGAUCUUAUCUAGUUUUUGGUUACCGCCACAAUGUGGAGAAAAGAUUUUACUAAAUGGUAUCAAUGCUCUAUUAAUAUUAGCAUUUUUAAUGUAUUUUGGACAAUUGCUACCAAUUUUAGCUGAUCAUACACCACUAAUAGUUUUAUUUUUAUGCAACAGUUUACUUUUAACAAGUUUCUCAAUGAUUAUAUCUGUUUGUGUGAUAUAUAUAGCAGAUAUUAAUCAUGAAAAACGAUUACCGCAAUACUUGAGGAAUAUCUUAAAUAAUCAUGUUUGCAACAUACUUUGUUUAUCACACUUAAGUGUAAGUGUUGACAACACAGUAAAUAAUGAUGAAGAUGAACCAAAAAUUGAUGGAAAUAGUUCACAAGAUCCCCAAAUAUUUGAAUUGUCAUCACCAUCAACAUCAAAGAAAAUUAUAAAAAAUGAUUGGAUAACUUUUGCAGUUGCAAUCGAUAGACUUUCAUUUAUUGUUUAUUGUAUUAUUUUUGCUAUAUUAGCUAUUAAAUAUUCAGUUUAAAAUUUAAAUAAAAAAAAAUGGGUAUUAUAUAAAAAGAAUCAGAAAAUUAUAUGUAAAUAAAUUAUAUUUGA